AAAAUUAAUUAAACGAUGUCGACUGCUAAUUUAGAAGAUAUUUUAAAUGCCGAAGAAGUUAUUCCUAUUGUUUUAUUACAGGGUUUAUCUGAAAAUGUUUGCUCAGAAGAAAUCAAUGUUAAUAUACCUUAUAAAGUUACUAAGAUAGAUCUAAAGUAUCAGGUACAUAACAAAUGGGGGAAAAGCUUGAUAGAAAUGCCCUUAUUUACAAUUAAUAACAUUCAAAAUCAUCGCAAACUAAGUGGUAAAUCAAAAGGACUAUCUAUUAAAAAAACACUCUUAAGAGGUAAAAAAUUCCAAGAGGAGCGGUAUAUUUCAUCGGAUUCAAUAUUUACAUAUUCUGCAAACAAUGUAUUUAAAACUAAAGGAUUAUGUAGAGCUAGCAUGAAAAAAGAUAUAUGGGAAGUUACUGUCCACAUAUCACAAAAUUCGUCCCAAGUUAUCUAUGCUUGCUGUUCUUGUCCAGCAGGAAUGAGUGGAUAUUGUAACCAUGUAAUGGCUUUGUUGUUAGAAUUAGCAGAUUACUCUACAAAAUUUUUAAAAAAAGUCCCUACUGAAAUAUCUUGUACAAGUAAACAACGACAAUGGGGUGUUCCUGGUGGAAAAAAAAGAUACAAAGCUCCUAUAAUGAGUUCAAUUGUUAAGAAGGAAAAUAAUAAGCGUGGUAUAAAGUCUACAUUGUAUGACCCUAGACUUCUUUUCAAUGAACAAUAUAUGAACUUAAAAGUUUUAGAAAUUCAAAAAAAACUUAUUGAAGUUAACUACAAAAUUGGAUUUGCCCAUGUUGUACCACCCAUUCACACUUACAAAUAUGUCAAUACAAGAUUUGGUCAAUUUCCAACAGGCUCACCUCUAAGUAUGCACUUGCAAGUUGUGGAACCACAUUUUGAAAUAUUAUCAAAUAUACAAGAACUACCUAAACACAAAACUGAUAUUCAAGAACCCAAAAUAGAAUUUGAAUAUUUACCUUUAAAAGAAUUAAGUGAUGACUAUAAUGACAUCGUUCCAGAUUGUAUAUUUUCUUUUGAAAAAAAAAAUUAUUUAAAAAAAAUAGAAGUUACAUACUUAGAGGCUAAAAAUAUUGAAAAGGCAACAGUUUUACAAAAUUUUUCGGAUAAGUGGUUUGCCUUACGAAGAAACAAAAUUACUUCAAGCAACGCUCAUAAAUUAUAUAUUAAAACUAAAAACUUUGACAGUCUUAUCACCAUAUUUACACAAAAACUUAAUUUAAUUGAUUCUAAACUUUUUCAAAAAGCUAUAAAACAUGGUAAAGACUUUGAACCUAUUGCCAGGGAAACUUAUAUCGAUGUUAUGAAAUAUAAACUUAAUCAUUCUAUAAAAUGCAGAGAAACAGGGAUUGUUAUACAGCCUAAACUACCAUGGCUUGCAGCAUCACCUGAUGGUAUGUUAAUUAACGGAGAAUUAAAUAAUGAAUUUGGAUUGAUAGAAAUAAAAUGCCCUUGGUCAAAAAGAAAUCGUACCCCAAAAGAAUUAGUACUCGACGAAUCUUUUUAUGUUAAAAUGAAAAAUGAUAAACCAGUCUUGAGAAAAAAAAAUGUAAACGGCUAUUACACUCAAAUACAAAUGGCUCUAGGAAUAUCACAAGUAACAUUUUGUGAUUUCAUUGUUUAUACGUUUAAAGGAUGCAUUAUUAUUCGAAUUCCUUUUGAUAUAAUGUACUUUAAAGAUGUUGUAAAUAAACUUAACUUAUUUUAUAUCAAAUAUCUUUUACCUGCUAUUGUUGAACUUGAGACAAGUCAAAUUGAACAAUAA